AUGCAGCGAGUGCACAGGAAGUUUGGCUCAUUCAAGCCACGGACAGCGGAUGAGACCAAGGUCGGCGCCUUGCUCAAGGAUUUCGAGGAUGCAGAGCAGAUGCUGGGCGAGCUCGUGGACACCACCGAGCAAUGGCGCAACGCGUGGAACGGCAUCCUCAACCACCAAUUGCUCAUGAUCACCGAGUUCAACCUCCUGUACACGCCAAUCAUUGCGACGGGAGAGCACAGCACGCCUCACCAUGCCGAGACCCCCCAACACAUCACCGACCGGACGGCCGCACUGUGCGCUGCGUACACAGAUCUACAGGCCGACAUGAAGAGCGAGGUCCAGGCUGUAGACACGAGGAUCACCACGCCCGCGAAGGAGGCACGAGAGUGUCUGAAGCCAUUGAAGAAGGUGCUGAAGAAGCGAGAGGACAGGAAGCUCGACUACGAGAGAUACAGGAGCCGUGUAGCCUCCUUGGACAAGAAGGCGAAGCGUUCAGACCGCGAAAACGCAACUCUCGCAAAGCAGGAGAUGGAACUGGAACGCACAACCGCCGAGUAUCAAGACGCUGACCAGCAUCUUCGGCAUGUCCUACCACCGAUACUGAACGCCACCUUCUCUCUUCUCCCGCACCUACUCGCCGCACAGAUUGAGAUCCAGAACACGCUCCUGGGGCACCUGUACACAGUCCUGAACGAAUACGCAGACCAGCACCAAUUCCCCAAUCCGCCGCCCGAACUGCAAGACGUGAUAGGCCCCUGGGACGCCGAAUUCACUCCCUUUAGACGCGAGCUGGAAAGCGGCUACGCCAUGAUCGCCAAGGGCAAGGCUGUCCAGGUGCCUAUGGGCCACCAAACAGGAAGCACCCUGACCGGGCUCGGCAUCCGCAACAAAAUCAGCGACCGACGCACCAUCAGCUCCUCGACCUCCGCGUCCAACGCGUCCGAGCAACGCAGACUGGCCGCACCGCGGUACGAGGAAGAGCAGCACGCCGAGAACGGCAGACCGAGAAUCUCCAACGCGACAAAGCCGAGAAUCGGAUACCUGUCGACUCCGCACCACGAGGAGCACAGCCGCACGCCGAGCCCGGGCGCAGACUCGUACGCACUGUCCCGCACAUCGACCGCCUCGUCGACGUCCCAAUCCGACUACUUUGCCCAGCAGCAGAGACCGCGCAUCUCGUCCCGCCCGUCAGCCAGCUCUCUCGCAUCCUCGCCGGCCUCGUCCACGGCCCCCGGCAUCAGCAUCGGCAUCGGCAAGAAGAAACCGCCGCCGCCACCCCCGCCACCAAAGAAGAUUGGCUCUUUCCAGGGCGAGUUCGUGACGGCCAUGUAUGACUACGAGGGCCAGAGCCAGGGGGACUUGUCGUUUAGCACGGGCGACAGGAUCAGGGUGCUCAAGAAGACGCAGAGCUCGCAUGACUGGUGGGAGGGCGAGGUGCGCGGCGUGCGCGGCCAGUUCCCUGCCAACUACUGUCGCUAG